AAUUAUUGAUUGUUACAUCACAGCUAAAGUCCCGUUCCCGUUAACAAUUCGUUUCAAACCGAUGUUGCAACGAGGAAUUGAGCUUGAAUCUCUGGAUGCUUCAUGGGUGUCUUCAGCCUCAUGGUACUUCCUCAAUGUAUUCGGGUUACGAAGCAUGUAUUCCCUUAUUCUUGGUGAGAAUAACGCAGCUGAUCAGACAAGGAUGAUGCAAGAACAAAUGUCAGGAGCUGCCAUGGCAAUGCAACAAGAUCCACAGAAAGCAUUCAAGGCUGAAUGGGAAGCACUGAAGAUAACGGAGCACAAGGAAGCAUUGAAAGGAAUAGAGGAUUAUGUACGAGUGUGUUUCGCACUUCCCGAAGAUAUUUUCACACGUCAACAUAAUCUACAGUUACAAUCAUCUUCGUGAGCAUAGAUAUCUCAUAAAGUUACAAAUUUUGGGACGAAAAGUUGUGAUUUUGAGCAUUGAUAUCUUAUAAAGUUAGAAAUUUUGAAAAGUUACAAAUUUUGGAACGAAAAUAGUGCAAUUUUAUUCUGAGCAAAGAUAUCUGGAAAUGAAAGAACCUUUUUUUGAAUGUGUUAGGACGUUUUAAAAACUUUAAGUAAACAUUUUGAACCUAUUAAAUCUGAUGUGAAAAGAAUAUAGCCAGAUAUCUUAAACAAAUUUGAAUUUGUAAAGAAAAAUUUGAAAAGAAAAUGCCUGAUUUUUGAGCAGCAUGCAUUGGUGUCUUAAAAUGUUUCGGAAGAAAGAAAAAAAUUCGUUUCUAAUUGUGAAAAUGCAGGGAUAUACUUUUAGUAAACAUUUUGGUUUGAACUUAAAAACUGGUAUUAACAA